GGAAAGAGGACCACACAGAUUCACGCAAGAAAAUAAAGAAACCUGUUCUAGUAAUGGCUCAAGGGUCUAGACUAUACUUUGCAGUGGCUUUUUUGAUGUGUGCAUUUGUCUCCAUCAAUGGUGUGGGUCUGAAUGAUUUGCUGGAUAGAGCUUCUCAACUUUCAGACAAGCUUCACUAUCUCAGCACCUCACUCACCAAUGAUCUGGAUUCUCACUUCCCUCCUAUUGGAAGGGGAAUGAUGCCGCGCCCAUCCUUAUGCCACACGUCAUCUCUUCAAAUCCCCAAUGACAAAGACCAAGCCAUGAAAGUGCCGGAGGAUGAGCUGUUGUCAUUGGCUCGGUCUCUGCUGUUGGCUUGGUCUGAUCCGCUCGCCCUGCUCUCCUCUGAGGCGUCCAGUCUGGCACAUCCAGAACGCAACACCAUUAACAGCAAGACCAAAGAGCUGCAGGACAACAUCAACAGUCUGGGAGCAGGCCUGGAGCACGUCGUACACAAGAUGGGCUCGUCUUCUGACAACCUGUCCACUCUCCCGUUUAAUGGCAAUAACCUUGGUCAGGAUAAAACGUCUCGACUUGUCAAUUUCCACUUCCUGCUGUCCUGCUUCCGCAGAGACUCCCACAAAAUUGACAGUUUUCUCAAAGUCCUCCGCUGUCGGGCAGCCAAGAAGAGGCCUGACAUGUGCUAGAGUGAAAACACUGCUCUCUGCUGCUCUCGGUGUGAAUGCUAAUUUAAAAUGACAGCAGAGAGUGCUUCAGAGUGAUUCAUUACAAUCACAUGGCAAAAUAUACCCUCUUUAUUGUUUGUUUGGAAGAUGUAGAUAUUUCAUUUAAUAUAUACUUGAUUAUACUUCUUAUAUACUUGCAUACAUAUACAUAUUAAAUAAAUUACAUAAAUAUAAAUAUUGUACUGCACUGUCCCCAUAGAUAAAAUUUAAUUUUAAAACGAUAAAAUAAAUGACUCCUUAAAACAUCUGCAUGUGAUAAUACUGUAUCGUUACCUUGAAAUUAUAAGGAUCCAUCUGCGUUCUGAUUGAUUUUGAGAUAUUGAGCUUUUAAGUUUUUGCAGUCCAUAGCACACAUAUGUGUGUAACAAUUGUUUUUCAAAUAAAAAGUCUUAAAAUUCAAACAACUUAAAAAAAAAAUCCUAUAAUGUAAAUAAGUUGUCAAAUAAUAGGAAUAUGUCAAUAACCUAAUUUUGACAAAAAUGGAUGAUAGAACCUUAUAAUUCUAAGGUAAGUUCUGACCGCAGUUUGAUAAGACAUUUGUAGGCCUAUAUUAAGUGACUAAAAUGUAUUUAUUAUGAAAAUAAUCUUAAGCGCAUGUAUUUUAACAUUGUUUUCUUUAAUGUGAUAUUUAAAGCUCUGCACCAAUGACAAUAAACUUCUAUCAUGCAUGU